CGCCCCGAGCCCGGCGAGCCGGGGUGCGCCUUCCCCGCCGCGCGCCUCCUGCAUGCGGGGCCCGAGCGCCGGGCGCCGGCCGGAACCCCCCCCGGCCGCCCCCGUGCCCCCUGCGCCCCGCGCCGAGCAGCCGCGCCGUCCAUGCACCGCUUGAUGGGGGUCAACAGCACCGCCGCCUUCGCCGCCGGGCAGCCCAAUGUCUCCUGCACGUGCAACUGCAAACGCUCUUUGUUCCAGAGCAUGGAGAUCACAGAGCUGGAGUUUGUUGAGAUCGCCAUCAUCGUGGUGGUGGUGAUGGUGAUGGUGGUGGUGAUCACAUGCCUCCUGAGCCACUACAAGCUGUCGGCGCGCUCCUUCAUCGGCCGGCACAGCCAGGGCAGGAGGAGAGAAGAUGCCCUCUCUUCGGAAGGAUGCCUCUGGCCCUCGGAGAGCACGGUGUCAGGCAACGGCAUCCCAGAGCCACAGGUCUAUGCCCCUCCGAGGCCCACCGACCGUCUGGCCGUGCCCCCCUUCACCCAGCGGGACCGCUUCCAUCGCUUCCAGCCCACGUACCCGUACCUGCAGCACGAGAUCGACCUGCCGCCCACCAUCUCGCUGUCGGACGGGGAGGAGCCCCCGCCCUACCAGGGCCCCUGCACCCUCCAGCUGCGGGACCCCGAGCAGCAGCUGGAGCUGAACCGCGAGUCCGUGCGCGCGCCCCCGAACAGAACCAUCUUCGACAGCGACCUGAUGGACAGCGCCAUGGUGGGCGGCCCCUGCCCCCCCAGCAGUCACUCGGGCAUCAGCGCCACGUGCUACGGGGGCGGCGGGCGCAUGGAGGGGCCGCCCCCCACCUACAGCGAGGUCAUCGGGCACUACCCUGGGUCCCCCUCCUUCCAGCACCAGCAGAGCAGCGGGCCGCCCUCCUUGCUGGAGGGGACCCGGCUCCACCACGCACACAUCGCCCCCCUGGAGAGCACAGCUGCCUGGAGCAAAGAGAAGGAUAAACAGAAAGGUCACCCUCUCUAGGAAUGCUGGGGCCGGGGCCGGGGCCGGGGCAGCAGGAGGUAAAAGGCGAAACACUCCGCACUUCUUGAACGAGAAGACAGAGGAGGACUGGGCGGCACCCACAACAUUCGGCGCGUCACCAUCCCCUCCCCCUCUCUCUGUGUAUAAAUAUUUACAUGUUCUGUCUGGUCUGAAUGCACAAGCUAAGAAAGCUUGCAAAAAACCACGUUUCUUUGUUGAGCUGUGUCUUGAAGGCAAAAGAGAAAAAAAAAAAAAACCCACAAAAUCUACCCUAGUCUUUUCUGUUUCUAGUUGAGCUGCGUGCGUGAAUGCUUCUUUUCUUUUGUUUGUUUAUGAUGACUUCAGUUAACUUUAAAGACAUAUUUGCACAAAACCUUUGUUUAAAGAUCUGCAAUAUUAUAUAUAUAAAUAUAUAUAAAAUAAGAGAAACUGUAUUGUGAGGGCAGGAGUAUUUUUGUAUUAGAAGAGGCCUAUUAAAAAAAAAAGUUGUUUUCUGAACUAGAAGAGAAAAAAAUGGCAAUUUUUGAGUGCCAACUCAGAAGGCGUGUAUUACCUUGUAAAGAAAAAAAAAGUACAGAGCAGGGGUUUAGAGUUAUUUAUAUAAAUGUUGAGCUUUUGCACUAUUUUUUAAUAUAAAUAUGUCAGUGCUUGUUUGAUGGAAACUUCUAUCAUGUCUGUCGAGAUUUUUAAGGGAGAAAUGUCGAAAUUUCACAGUCGACGUCAGGCAGAGGGCAGGCUCUUACACGAAUUUUGGAGAGGCUUCUGGAGGGGGGCCGCUUUCCUGCGAAGGGGAAGCUUCUGGCUAGCGAUAGGUUAUUACCUCGUUAUACAUUCCCCACCGAAGGAGACACGUGUCCC